CCUCGGUGAAAGCUGCACAGCUGGCAAUUUAAAGACAGGAGUUGCCAUAAGGAGUAAAAGGGGUGACCUGCUGCUCUGCUAAUUGUACCAAUACUUUAUGGAGAACAAGAGUCUAACCAGGCACUGAGUUAUUAAUCAAUCUUCUAUCGGUGGGGGCUCAGUCCAUAAAGCAGUGGAUCAGCACAUCAAGCAGCCAGCACCCCUCUCUCCACUGGAACCAUUAUAACCUCCUUAAUACUGCAAGCAUAAGUUGAAAUAAUGGAGAAGUCGAGGCACAAGCAGCAGCUGGCGGUCAUUCUUCUGCUGGGGUUGUGGUUUCCUUGUUGUCUAACCCAGACCACACCGCCUACCAGAGCCAACUUGGCACCUACUCCAUCUGGGACCCCUAAGGCUCAGACUGCACAGCUAAAGGUCAGACUGGCUGGAUACCCCCGUAAACACAACGAGGGGCGGAUAGAGCUGUUUUAUAAAGGAGAGUGGGGAACCAUCUGCGAUGACGACUUCUCAAUAUCCAACGCCAACGUGCUCUGUCGUCAGCUGGGGUUCGUCUCAGCCACUGGAUGGACUCACAGUUCCAAAUAUGGCAAUGGCCAAGGAAAGAUCUGGUUGGACAAUGUGAUAUGCAAUGGAGGUGAGAAGAGCAUCGAAUUCUGCAAGUCUCGAGGAUGGGGAAACAGUGACUGCACUCAUGAUGAAGAUGCCGGAGUUGUUUGCAAAGAUGAGAGGAUUCCUGGCUUUGUGGACUCAAAUAUUAUUGAUGCCCAAGUUGAUGAGAAGAAAGUGGAGGAGGUGCGACUCCGUCCUGUUGUUGCGACGGCCAAGAAACUGCCAAUCACAGAGGGUGUUGUGGAGGUGAAACACAAAGAUGGCUGGGCGCAGAUCUGUGACUUGGGAUGGACGAUCAAAAACACCCGAGUGGUCUGUGGCAUGCUGGGAUUCCCGCACGAAAAGAAGGUCAACAAGAACUUCUACAAACGUCUGAAAAAGCGAGCUGCUGAGAAGGUCUCCAGUCCAAAGGUUAAUGUUUCAGCUGGUGGAAGGAAACCACCCAAAGCUAAAGCUAACUCUAAGUCUAAACAGAGCAACCCUGACAAAAGGUUGUACUUGGAGCGACAGAAGAACUCCUACCUCAUCCAGUCUGUGGCAUGCACAGGCACAGAGGUCCACCUGGCAGCCUGUCAGCUUGAGUUCAACAAGCCAAACGCCACAUCAUCCUGCGCCGGUGGCAUGCCGGCUGUUGUGAGCUGCAUGCCCGGCCCGCUAUUUGUGCAAAACAGAAGUCUGAAAAAGAAAGUUAAAACCUCGAGCAACGUGAGGCUGAAGGGUGGAGCCAGGCUGGGAGAAGGUCGAGUGGAAGUACUGAAAGGUAGCGAAUGGGGGACUGUGUGUGACGACCGCUGGAACCUGCAGUCAGCCAGCGUCGUUUGCAGAGAGCUUGGCUUCGGCAGCGCAAAGGAAGCUCUUACUGGUGCCCGCAUGGGUCAAGGAAUAGGUCCAAUCUACAUGAAUGAGGUGAAGUGCUUUGGAAAUGAGAAGUCGAUCUGGAACUGCCCGUUUAAAAACAUUACAUCUGAGGAUUGUCAGCACAUGGAGGACGCUGCUGUCCGCUGCAACAUCCCCUACAUGGGCCUGGAGAACUCGAUCCGAAUCACAGGAGGACGAACUCGCUAUGAGGGCCGCGUGGAGGUGCUGAGCUCCGACUCUAACGGGACUGAGAGCUGGGGUCUGAUCUGUGGUGAGACCUGGACCACUAAGGAAGCCAUGGUGGCGUGCAGGCAGCUGGGGUUGGGCUACGCUAACCAGGGCUUGCAAGAAACCUGGUACUGGGAUAGCAGUAAUGUCACUGGCAUGGUGAUGAGUGGCGUGAAGUGCAUAGGAAACGAGAUGGCUCUGAGUCAGUGCCAGCAUCACAAAACGGUCAGUUGCCAGAAAGCAGCCGCCAAGUUCGCAGCAGGAGUCAUCUGCUCAGAGACGGCCUCCGACCUUGUCCUGAAUGCUUCUCUGGUCCAGCAGACGGUUUAUGUGGAGGACCGUCCUCUGCACAUGCUCUACUGUGCUGCUGAGGAGGACUGUCUGUCUAAAUCUGCAGCAAAAGCCAACUGGCCGUACGGACACAGGCGGCUACUCCGCUUCUCCUCUCAGAUCCACAACAUCGGGCGAGCUGACUUCAAGCCGAAGGCAGGGCGGCACUCGUGGGUCUGGCAUGCCUGUCAUGGCCACUAUCACAGCAUGGACAUCUUCACCCACUAUGACCUGCUGAAUGCCAAUGGCAGCAAAGUAGCAGAGGGUCACAAAGCCAGUUUCUGCCUGGAAGACACCGACUGUCACGAAGGUGUUUCCAAACGGUACGAGUGUGCUAACUUUGGUGAUCAGGGCAUCACUGUCGGUUGCUGGGAUUUGUACCGCCAUGACAUUGACUGCCAGUGGCUUGACAUCACAGACGUCAAACCUGGAAACUAUAUCAUGCAGGUUGUGAUCAAUCCAAAUUAUGAAGUAGCAGAGAGUGAUUUCACAAACAAUGCUAUGAAGUGCAACUGCAAAUACGAUGGACAUCGGAUUUGGCUCCAUAACUGCCACCUCGGGGAUGCAUUCAGCGAGGAGGCAGAGAGGAGAUUUGAGAAGUACCCUGGACAGAUAAACAACAGGAUUUCCUAAUUUUCCAGGACUCACUGCAGACCAAAAUGCCGACGCCAGCUGAUUGAUAUAAAUAAACGUGUCUAGUUUAUACAGAAACACACAAUCCCUUUGUUUACAGGUGCUCACAUUGAUCCCAGCCACCAUAUUUCUUCAUAGUUAUUAUACUUGAAAAUUCAAGUGGUAGUGAUAAUGUCCUCAAGUGUAAUAUGAGUUUAUACAUGGUUUUUUUUUACAAAUUAAGUUUUCAUAGUCUUAAAGUCUAAUUGAUGUACAGCUUUUGUUGAGUGUUUUAGUUGCAUAUCUGAAUGAAGCUUUCAUUUUCAUUUUUUUAAACAAUAUGUAGGUUGAUUUUAUUUGCUUUUAUUACUCAAUUUCCAGCUAUUGACCUUGAAAAAGCUUUGUUUAAUUUGCCUUCAGUAAUCUGAACAGAAUCUAAAGGUUCUGAUAUUUUCCACUGUCUUGAAAACUGUUUUAAGCCUUCACUUUUCAACAGUUGGCACGUAACAUAAAAAGUUUUAAUAUUUUAUAUUGGGGUUUUAUUGAUGGACCAACUGACAGUGUUUGCUGUGAAGCACAGUAGCGGCAGCAUCAUGCUGUGGAGUGGUGGCUCUAUAACAUUAAAAGUUUGAAUUUUUUUUUUUUUUUUAUGAAGGUAACGGGGUAUAAAGACUGCUCCAAGGCAUUGUUCCUGAUUAAGAGAAGACAUUUAAUGCAAAAAAACUGGUCUGAAUAUAAGAAAAAUAUUCUCAAAAUUGACUUAGAUUUAUAUUUUUGCUGUGUAGAUUUCUCAAACUGUGCAUAAUGUUUUUUUUUUCUUUUAUUUAAAUUAGAAUUUUUGCUCUAAUUUAAACAAAACAGUUCAAACACCUUUGAAAAACAUCCAGGUUUUACCAGUCUGCCAUCCUACAUUUGUACUAGCAGUGUUUUACUCCUUUGUUGGUGAGGACAGCUGCAAUAUUUCAUGAAUGUAUUUAUUUCCAUUAUAAAGGUGCUCAUAAGCAGUUUGUGUCUAUGAGCAGUUCUUUGAAGCUAAUAAGCGCCUGAGUUUAUUUCACCCGUCAACGUCCCUCUGCACUCCCGAAAAAGGAAAGACUGCCUUCAUCUGACAAAGUCUAUGUAUGAUGAUAUAAUAAGCACAUAAAACUAUGCUCUGAGUGAGAUAUAAACCUGCUGCCAGUUGGUGCCAAGGGGGUUCAACCCAAUCCACUGCUAAUCCCAGUCUUCAAUAACGUAGAUUGGUAAUCCCAUUAACCUCUUCUACCAAUCACAUUAUCCACGGGCCCAGAUUUACACCUGAUUACUCACACAAGCUGCCAAUGUUUCAUGUUUCUAUUCUCUGCCCUGCUGUGGCAGAUGUCUUGAGUUUUACUUUCCUAUCACCCUUCAUCCCCUAAACAUGCUAACUUGGUCUGGCAGAAGAAGAUCACACGGGUUUGUUUUUCAGAUCAACACAAUC